GUUAGUGGAUCAGUUUCGAACCCAUUUUCCCUAACAACAUGCCAAAAAAACGUUUCUAUCGUAAACUAGGACGUAAAUACUCUCACCGUAAGGCUCUUCUGAGAAACUUAGUAACUUCAUUGGUACAACAUGAGAACAUUUUAACGACAUGGGCAAAAGCAAAAGAGGCUCAAAAACAAGCGGAAAAACUUAUAACAAUUGCGAAGAAAAACGGGCGGGACCACGAAGCGUGGAUAAAGGCGUCUAAUCUAGUCUUCCAACCAAAAACGACGCUUACAAAAGUGUUUGACGAGCUCGCACCUCGGUUUCAAGAACGACCAGGUGGAUACACACGCGUCCUUCGGAUGCCUCCGCGGUUUGGAGACAAUGCUCCUCAAGGAGUUCUUGAGUUUGUCGAUGGACCGGGGGACAGUCGUUUCUAUAUGACAGCUAAGAUUAUCGGUAUUUGCCAGGCACGAGGGAAAGCAUUGACUGAAGUCACAGAGCUGAACAAGCGGCGAGUCCUUGCCUUCCGAAAAGGAGGCGAAGAAGAGUUUCAGCGACUCGUUGAAUGUGCUCGACAGGAAGAGCUGCAACGAGUACAAGCCGACCAAGAGUUAGAGAACUGUAUUCGUGAAGGCCGUGUGCCUCCAAAGGACUGGAAACUCGGCGACCCGAUUCCACGACCCACAUACGUCUCAUAAGUUUCUGUGCCGCCCGUGAAGGCACGACGUCCGAGCUCCACUGUACCACUACUCCCACUGCCCUGCCUCUCCUGGUUCCUCAUGUUUAUUACUCUCACUUUUUACUCUUUCUUGUCUUCAAACCCCCCACAUUUGCCCCCAUUUGACCGCUCUCUCGCUCCCCACACGCCCACAUCACGAUCCAAAUUAAGGUUAAGGUUAUGUAUGACGUAGGUGACAGAGUAUAUAUAGGAUGGAGACCGCACCCGCUCUCCUCUCCUCUGCAGAACACAUCUUAACGUUAGUCAGGCAGUGAGAAACUAAAAUGCACGAAAGAACUGAUGAUUACUAAACUGAACAAAGACAAUUGCGUAUCAAUUGAAACUCUCAAUCUUUAAUUGACUGCCGGGUGUGUACUUCUUUCC